AUGAAUAACAUUGCAAUUACUCGUCAUCAACAGUACAAGGUAGAAAAGUCAUGCACGCAACGGAAUUACAUCAGAUGUGUUGACCCAACCUGCAUUUGGCGUUUCCACAGUUCAAGGUUCAGAGGAUCAAAACUUUUCAAAGUAGUUAACUUUGAAAAGAGACAUAGUUGUUCAAUAAAUUUUAUCACCUCUGACAUGAGGAAUGCAACUUCAAAAGUCAUAGCGGAAUACAUUACAGACCUAGUACGCCAUACACUACAAGAGAUAACACCCAAAUUUGUCAUUGAAGAAAAGAGAAGCAGAUAUGGAUUGCACAUUGGUUACCACAAAGCAUGGCGUUCCCUCCAACACGCUUAUAAUGUCAUAAGAGGAAGCCCAGAAAAUAACUACACACUUCUACCGCAAUAUCUUCACAUGAUGAAAUUAAGAAAUCCUAGAACAGUUGCUAACAUCAAAUGGACCGCUGACAAUAAGUUUAAGUAUGCUUUUUUCGCCUAUGGAGCAUCAAUUGAGGGUUGGAAACACUGCAGACCAGUAAUGAUGGUGGAUGCAACCUUCUUGAAAUCAAAAUACCGCGGUGUGCUCAUGAUAGCAGUAGUAAAAGAUGGAAACAACAAUAUAUUUCCUCUCGCAUUUGGUAUUGCAGACUCUGAGAAUAAUGAAUCCUACAGGUGGUUCUUCAGACAUGUGAAAAAGGUGUUUGGCACGCGCAAAGACCUAUCAAUUCUUUCUGAUCGUCACUCAUCAAAUGCAACUGUAAUCAAAGAACUGUAUCCAGAUACCCAGCAUGGAAUAUGCAUCUACCACAUGGAGAAGAACUUGCAGAAAUAUUUCCCAUCCGAAGCGAUCCUAUCACUGUUCUACAAUGCAACAACUACCUACAAACAGGCAGAGUUUCGUACCUAUAUGUCACAGAUACAACAAAUCGACCCAAAAGCUGCAGAAUACAUAGAAGAAGAACCACCGGAAAUAUGGGCACCUUCAUUCCACACCAACAGGCGUAUAACAGUUUUUGCCGGGAAAACAAAAUUGGUAUCUCAAAGACUACAUCAUGGUCUUCCGCUUACAAAAUAA